AUGUUAAAGUUUCUUCUCGUAGUGGCUUUUUGUUGGGCAUUAUGCGACGGACGGGGACGAAUUGUCGCCGAAGAUGACAGCUUAGAGCCGAUCCUGGCAACAGUCCCCUGCAUCAAACAGCUCAGCGCAAAGUACUUCAAAUCCGAGCGGGAAAUGAAGGGUUCGCUGGCGAUGGUGAUGAUCAAGCCCAACACUUCCUACUUUCAGCUGGCGAUGUUGCGAUUGCUGAACCAUGAUCCCAACCACGAGGUCAGUAUGAUGGUCAAGACCUGGUUGAAGUUUCAUACCAACAAAAUCUGGCACGUGACCCACAAAGUUAAGAACUAUUUCUUGUUCGUGAGUAACAGCUCUGAUGUGGAUGCUUUGGGAGAUAUGCUGAGACAUCUGCCAACUUGGAAUCCUAAUACCCAAGUGGUGUUGGUGAUAACCGAUCAGAUUCUACCGCAAGACCUGGAGUUCGAGGUGUGGAGUACGUUGAAGAAAUUGAUGGAUAGGGAAUUACUGAAUGUCAAUGUUUUGGUACAACGCUACAACACAAGAGUGUUGGAAUCGUGGACGUGGUUUCCGUUUGAAAACGACGGAUGCGGUGACGAGAUUGUAACCCUUCGAAUGAUCGAUUCGUGUGAGUACGUCGAGGUUCCAGUUGAGAAGAAUUCUGAAACAAAGAAAGAGGAUUUGUGGAAAGGCUCUGAUUUGCUGUAUUUCAAUCAAACAUUGAUGGACAAUAGUUCUAUUGAACCUGAGCUGCAAGAACUUGAAGAUGCGGAAGAUAUACCUCAAUACACAACCUGGAUAUUUCGGGAGCAGAAUUUUUUCCCGGAACUGUUUCCCAAGAUCCCCAAGGAGUUUAACUACUGUCCGUUGAAAAUAACCACCACCAUCUGGGAACCAUACGUCGUCGGCAAUGCAACUCAUGUCGACAAAGGUCUGGAGGUGCUACUCAUCAAAGCUGUGACCACCCGAAUGAAGUUAACACCCGUGUAUACCGUUAUUGAAGCGGAGCGCGCUACGGCUGAAAUUGUGGCCGAUAAUACGACGGGUUUCUAUGCGGAUUUGAUUCAGAGGAAGACUGACAUCAUGAUCGGGGGACUGUUCGAGAAUCCCGUGAGUCGGAAGGUGGUUUCCUCCUCGAUUCCCUACUACCAAGACGAUCUAACCUGGUGCGUUCCGCCGGCCCAAAUUGCCCCGAAAUGGCUCAACGUGUUCAUUAUAUUCAAUAUCUGGAUCUGGCUUGUUUCGAUCGGUAUUGUCAUGUUUUCAGCCCUGCUAAUCUAUUGGUUGAAUUUCUUCGAGGAUCUCCCAUACCAAAACUACACCUGGACCGUUGUUCAAUCGUUGGCUAUUUCGCUGAGCGUCUACGCCCAUUACUGGCCUCAAAAAGUGUCUACCCAAACAUUUCUUCUGAUCUACAUGUUCUAUGGGUUGCACUUUGGAGUUUUCUAUCACAGCUUUCUGCUAUCGGUAAUGACCAGACCGAGAUUCGAGCGGCAGAUCAGCACGGCUGAGGCUGCAUUAGAGAGUGGAUUUGAUUUUGCGGGUGCCGAGAAUACGCUGGUCUACUUCGACAAACCGGGAGUGUCCCGAAAGAUUGCUCCCAUCUAUCAAAUUUGCAAGAACAUGGACGACUGUUUGGAUCGGCUGCACUCGGAGAGAACUCUAGCGGUGGCAAUAUCUAGGGCCCAUUCCAGCAACAGCAAAAGCAUCGGAGAAGGUGACAUGUUUUGCUUCAGCCGAUCGGAUAACAUCCAAACCUACACCGUAGCGAUGAUGGGAAAGCGCUUUUUCUAUCUUAUACCGAUUAUCAACGAUCAUAUCAGACGGAUUAUCGAGUCAGGAUUGUUUGGCAAAUGGCUUGUUGAGUGUAUGAAGAUCAGAGUUGACGACGAUAGCGAGGGUGGUGGGGAGGGGGAGGUUCAAAUUGUUCUCACUGUUGAACACGUGAUGGGUGGAUUUAUCCUAGUGAUAAUAGGACUAGCCGUAGGGUUCGUGGCUUUUGUCGGAGAAAUUGUUUAUUUCAGAGUCCAGCAAACUUUGAACUGGAAGGAAAACAUGUUUACAAGAGUUAUCUGUUGAAGUGAUUUACAGUUGUUAUUCACCUUCUGCACCUAUGCUUAUAGAAUGCAACUGCAUCUAACCAGCUAUAUGCGUCUACACCAAAACUGUCAUUCAGUGUACAGUAUACCAUAAAAAUACGUAGAAACCAAAUCUAAAGCUUAGUUCUUUUAGAAAUGGGACACUUUCUUUUGUUAAUAGCUCGUUUACUAGUAAUCGGACAUUCAAAAUUUUGACAGCAUUUUGUUGCCUGUAAAAAGUACUAUCCGACCUAUUUUUUUUUCAAAAUUUAAAAUUUGCGCGUUUUUGAGAUAUUUACGAUGCAAGAGAAAAAGGAAAAAAUAAUUUUGCACACUUUCAUUCAAAAUCCAUCAUUAUCAAAUUAAUAGCCUACAAAACCGUUGAUUAUUCAAAGAACUACUGUGUGUGAGUGGUGGAAAAGUAUGGAAAUACUGUCAAAAAUGUCCACAAAGUUCAAAUCAACCAUUGGAGUGAAGCACAUGAUCGGCGACUUCGGCUAAGGGUCAUCAGGGAAGUCAAGUCUCAUACCAGCAUUUUUUAUUUUCAAUAAGCGAAAAACUAAGGGUAGAUCGCUGAAAUUUCCAAAAAAAAAUUCUCCGAUAAGCUAAAAGUGUUGCCUCUUAAUGAGUCAUUCAAACCUAACCUCAAACAAAUUUUUUUUUGCCAGAUCCACAGCUCGUAAGCUGUAUAUCUGGUUCCGAGGCUAUGGGACAGAUGAUUUCUGAUGAACGACAAAACUUUUGAAAUACCCUAUUUUAAAUAAAUUCCAGCGUUUGAAUCCUAUACAACUUCUGCUCGUGGCAAAGUUCCCGAGUAUAUUAAAGUAUGUAUUUGCUUAUUAUUUUGUAUGAAAUAUAAUGAUUUGCCAAAAUUCUGCUCCAGUUUAAAAAAACAACAAUUUUCAAAACGAAAACUAUGGUUUCCACUCAUUUCAAAAGCCUAAAAAGAGUUAUCUUUUAUGUACCCUUCGCAACCUACUAUCAAUACUAACCGAUUAUACUUUAAGUUCAAUCUCCUCAUGGUUUAACUUCGUUAUUGCCAGAUUUAGCCAGCAGAAAUUCCAUUUAAAACGCUCAAAAAGUGGCUCAAAAAUAAUCUAAUUUGUCAAUUUUUAAACAGCUGUAUCCACUAAAGUGGCCUCAGUUUCUUUUAAAAGGGAAGUUUUGGUCCGAAAAGUAGCAGAAAUUGAAGGAGGGGGAUGUAGCCACCAAAAAUACAGAUUAGACGAAGUAUUAGUUUGAAAAACUGAUCAUUAUCAUGACUGAAAAAAGUGUGCGCUGCCCGAAGGGAGGUACCAAGAAUAUAGUAGAAUUUAUUCUUACAAAAAACCAAAAAUAUUUUUUUUUGAAUUUUUCAAGAAUCAUCAUAAGAUUACUUUCAUUUCCUUCAUAGAAAGAAUUUAGAUCAAACGAAAGGUUUUUGAGAUACACGCAUUCGUAACUGUCCCAUUUCUAAAAGAACUAAGCUUUACUUAACACCAGUUUACACAAAACAUGACAAUUAUAAUUGAAUCAUGGUCACACAGUGCACAUCAGUUCUACGGAUUUGUCGAUGUAAAGGACUGCUUUUUGAGGAAAUACACUAUGAUCGCAUCCUUUGCGCGAUACACGUAGAAACUGCUCUUCAAAUCUGUAUUUGGAGAAAUUAAUUGGUGAUGAUGAUACGAAAA